GACGCGGCACGUAGAGCGAGGGGCGGGGCUACGGCUCAUCCGAGGUGGGGCCGCGCAUCCCUUCGACGGCCUCCGCAGCUGGGGAGCCGCCACCGCAGGCAGACUUCUUGUUCCAGUGCUGGUCAACAGUGAUAGUGAUGUCACUAGUCCAUUGCAUGCAGGGAUGUCUGAGGGUGAGCAGGAAAUGAAGCCGCUUUAGACAAUAACUUCAGCUGCCUAUAAAUGAACAUCAAAACACAGGGAAUGUUCCAGCCAUCGAUGGAUAGAACCCUUUGAUUUUGGUUAAAUUCAGAAAACUGGAAGGAGAAAAUGGGGGACACAUGGAGCCUCCGGCAUCUGCAUUGCCACGGCUGUCUGCCCAGCAGACCUGGUUACAAGAGCCAGAGGGAUGGUGGUAGUCACAGGGCAGAACAAAGCCAGUGGAAAUCUGGACGAUGUCAUGUCGAGUUCAGAUGCAGAGGAUGAUUUCCAAGACCCUGCCACUCCUACUGCAACUCAGGCAGGGCACUCGCUGCCUCUGCUGCCUCAACAGUUCCCAGAAGUCGUUCCGCUUAAUGUAGGAGGCAUGUAUUUCGCUACCAGGCUGUCAACACUAAGACGCUAUGAAGAUACCAUGUUGGCUGCUAUGUUUAGUGGAAGACACUACAUUCCAACAGAUGCUCAAGGCAGAUAUUUUAUUGACAGAGAUGGAACUUACUUUGGAGACAUUCUUAACUUUCUGCGAUCUGGUGAUCUGCCACCGAGAGAACGGGUGAGGUCAGUUUACAAGGAAGCUCAAUAUUAUUCCAUAGGACCAUUGCUGGACAAUCUAGAGGAAGUCCAGCCUCUUAAAGGAGAAAAAGUUAGACAAGCUUUCCUGGGCUUAAUGCCAUAUUACAAAGAACACUUGGAGCGGAUAAUUGAAAUAGCUAAGCUUAGAGCCAUGCAGAGAAAAGCAAGAUUUGCAAAGUUGAAGAUCUGUGUUUUCAAGGAAGAAAUGCCUAUCACCCCAUAUGAGUGUCCACUUUUCAACUCUCUACGUUUUGAAAGAAGUGAAAGUGAGACAAAGCUAUUUGAACAUCACUGUGAAGUAGAUGUCUCUUUUGGCCCCUGGGAGGCUGUAGCUGAUGUAUACGAUCUUCUGCACUGUAUUGUGACAGACCUGUCCGACAAGGGAAUUACUGUGGAUCAUCAGUGCAUUGGUGUGUGCGAUAAACAUCUGAUAAACCAUUAUUACUGCAAGCGCCCCAUCUAUGAAUUCAAGAUUACUUGGUGGUUAAGAUUCCCCUUCAGUCUGAGGAAAAACAACACCACCCUGCUAGUGCAUGAGAAUCUAAAACUGAAACACUCUAGAAAUGGCAAAUGAAACUAACCAAGGUAGUUUCACUAAAACCUGGUCUGCACUACAGAGUUAUGAAUGACGAUUUCAGUGAGAUCCUGCUCCCCUCCUCCCCCCUUCCAGUUUUCCAGCUGUAAGAGGCAUAAGGAGAUCAAGUGACUAGCCUGAGGACACACAUUGAGGUAAUGACUGUGACUGGAUUCGUCCUUGUUCCCUGCCCUUUGUUCUAACCUCUACACAUCAUACAUAUAUAGUCUACUUAAACUUCCUAAACCUAGAGCAUUUAUCUUGAGAGCCAGAAUACACUGCCUUCAUUUAAAAAAUCCCUGGAAGUUAUCGGUUGGCAACUGGCAGUUGCUAUAGAGAUCCUGAAGAGGUGUCCUUGAGUCAAACAGAGUCAUCUUAUUUCUGUUGCUCCCCUCCUCCUUUGCAUCUCCCUUUGUUUCUCCACACUCCUUUUACUCCCUAUAGAGCAUUAGUCAUUUUUUUUUAAAGUAACAUCAAUGUACACAAUCAGUUCAUAGUUUUUGCAGGUUGUUUUUAGGAAUACAAUGAAUUUAGGCCAAGGAUGCCCAUACUUUGGGAUUCUGAGGGCCUUACUGGUGGACUUGACAGAUCCUGAGGACUACAUCAUAUCUAUGUCUCUUCCUGUUCUUCAUCUUAAAUUAGGACUUGAUUCUACAAACCUGGUAGGUUGUGAUCUUUUGGCCUCAGCCAGCAAUAGUGGUCACAAGCUACACUCUUCCCCCAGCUUUAUCUUCACAGGUCACCCUGGCUUAUGGAUGACCUGGGGAAAAUGACAUGAUAGGGAAGACAGAUGCUCUGGUGGUGAAAGUCUCAUGCCAAAGCUGAUAGUUUGCAUCAUACAGAUUUCUUCAAUUCUCAUGCUGUGGUAGUGCAGGAGGCAAAGAAAUGUUUAUCUCCAUCAUAGCAUCUGUGAAGUCUGUUGGUGGAUCAGUUCCUGGUGGUGGAUAGCUUAGCUAAUCUGGGUUGUCUACACCUGAUUACCAAUGUGAGUCCUGUCUGUUGUAAGGUAAUGCAGGUCUUCUGGGGGUAAAAUGGAUCGGAUUUGGACUAAAGUAGGUCAAUGGAGGCAGGGUUUCCCCUGCUUGAGUUUCAGCCAAGGUCGCUUAGAGUUUGUGGAUGCGUUGGAAGAACUUCAUGCCAUAUCCUGCGCUUAGGAUCCUUGUGCUUCCUGGGUGGAAAAACUCAGUGCAGAAGUACUGGGUCAUACAACUGAUCACCAGCCAGAAAGGGCAAUGAUGCAAAGCACAGAAUAUAGCAUGAAGUUCUCCCAACACAUCCAGAGCCUCUGAGAGCUAGUGCCCAGGACACUUGGGACACAGCUGGCCUAAGUAAUCACUGGCAGUACUGAACCUUGUAGUUAUGCUGCUCUAUAUGGUUACUUACAGCUUCAAAAAAGAAUACAUUUUUGUGAUGCUUUUUAGAUUGUCCCUUGCGCUAUAGAGGAGAUCUAAGAUGGUUUUACAUCUUCUAAUUGUUUAAAAUUUUUAAAAACAAACCCUCAAGGUUGUUUCAUUUUUCUUUCUGUGAAUAAACUGAGUCUGAUCUGGGAAUUAUAUUUAUUUAUUUUAUACAGAUCUUCAGAUGGAUGUUACUUUCCAGGACAAGAAUUUAUGGUCAUUUUACUUUCACAGGUUUAGUAUGAGUUUACAGAUAGUGCUUCAGUGGGACUUUUAUAAGAGGAUUUGUAUUUUGUCAUGUUACAUUUUGUCAGCAAGAUGUUGUCUCUGUGCAUUAUAAUCCUGAAUGCCUUUGAAAAAGCGAUCCUAGAUACUGAUCGGAAGUUGGAGAUACUCAGUGUCUGCAAAUGUGUGGGUUUGUUUUUACAUUUUAAAUAAGUUUGUGAAUAAUGUUAAUUUAAUACUGUGGAUACUGUAGCACUUACUGUGUCUUAUUAUGUAUUAGUUUUCAAUUCCAUGUAAACUAUGUAAUCUAUGUAUUUCAUUUAAUAUGUGUAAAAGAAAAAUUAUGUAUAGUCUAUGUUGUGAAAUAAAAUAUAUUAACUUGUC